AUCGAUCGGCAAGAAUAUGGAUACGCGCGAGUGUUGCUCUCGUUGCCGCGGUAAAUCGAUUGUCCGGCAGAGCGACGACGAUCUUCGCAAGACUUAUCGAUCCGAAUGUAUCUUGGAAAAGUCGAAAACGCCUUCUAGUCCGAGAAAACAUGUGCCUGGAUGUCUCAGAUCUCGAAGAAUUUUUGAAGAAGAGAAACAGCAUGAAAUCGCCAUCUGUGCCGACAAAUUCGCUCUAGCGAAGAGAUUGCACGCGGAAAACCUGCAGCAUCAGCCACUCCCGGACCGGGUGGACGACUCCAUUUUCAAGAAAGGAUAUCGCUCUUGUUCGGCCAGCUGCGAACGAGACACCGAGUAUCAGGCUCAAGAUGACGUUGAUGCUGCGACGUUGGAGACAGAGGGUCAUCUGUUCGGGCCCGCGCUCGGCUGCAAGAAGCCAAAGACUAGGAUGGACCUGGCAAUCUGUUGGGAAACGCCAAUGGACCCAGUGUACGAGCCGCGCAAACCGACGCACAUCGACGGUUCCGAGGGCGGCACGGCGCCAGCGAUUUUCGCCUUGAUCCAGCACACGCCUGCACCGAAGAAUCAUGAGCUCCUGGUUCGCAACGAAGGAAAGGGUGAGCAUUGCGAUUGCGCAAGACGGCAGGAGGCGCAGAAGAAGAAUCCGAAAAAUUAUUGCUGCUGUGGUUGCUCCUGCAACGAUUUGGUUGCAGAACCUCGUGAUAAACUUCCCCGAAGCAGGAAGUCGGCGCGAUCGAAUUCCGUGCCGCGCAUCACCGAGCGCAAGUGCGCCGCGUGUCAAGGCGGCGAGCCAGAAGCAGAACCCGAGCAGAGAAGGAGGAGCCGAGAGGAUCCGAGACUGAUCAGAUCUGCGGUGGGUGUCGCGCUUGGUCUCGAGCAGAGAUGCCGAACGAUGACGGCCGACGACGGGGCGCGUAGGAAUGGAUUACCGCCUGCGAGGAUGACGGUGCCGCGACCGAGAACCCCGUUCGCUAGACGCGCCUUCUGCAUCGACACUCUGGCGCCGCCAUUCAGCGUGGUGAGCGGUUGCCGGGACGCCGAUUACCCCGAGCACUGGCGGCUUAUGUCCGUAUAUCAGCAGUCCUACAGGAAUCCGCAGAAACGAAGGUCUCGCCGCUUUUGAUCGAAGCGGAAGAGAUCAAGAGAAGAACUCUGACUCGCUGUCGAGUUGAUUCUUCGAAUGUUGGCUUUUUUGAGAUAAUAAGCUUUAUGAUUCUUAUAAGAAACUGUUGCUUAUCAGUUUGUUUAUUGUUGAUUGUUAAUUUGUUACAAUAAUGUUGAGAGUUAAAUAAUUCCGUUGAAUUGUUUCGAUAUAUCGUUAAACAAAUAAUUAACUGCCAUUGGCCAGAUCUUCUGGCGUAAUAAAAACGUUGUCCCCAUUAUAAUUAAUAAUAAAGUAUAAGCGUAAAAUAUAACUAACAUGGAAAAAAAUAAAAACGAGAUAGAUAAAAUA